AUGGAGGAGCCCCAGCAGCAGCAGCAGCAGGAGGAGCGGCCCCGCAGGGUGAGGUUCCGCAUCUCCUCGGCCGGCAGCGGCCGGCUGCUCAAGCAGGUCUACGAGGACGGGCAGGAGCUGGAGCCGCCGGCCGAGGAGCGCUCGCGGCGCUUCCUGCGCCACAGCUUCGAGCCCGAGGAGCCGCUGUGCGGGCCCGGGGAGCUGCCGGGCAGCGCCGAGAGCCUGUGCUGGCCCACGGCGCUGACGGCGCGCAGGAUCAGCGUGCUGAGGGAGAGCCAGCACCAGGGGCUGCUGGGGAGCGCGGGCCUGCUCCGCGACUGCCGCCCGGGCACCGGCCUGUGCGAGGCUUCCCCAGUUGUAGAUUUUGGCAAGAUCAUCAUCUACACCAAUAAUCUGAAAAUCAUCCGUGCACCAAUGGACGAGAAGGAGCUCAUGAGAAGAAUGAUCCAGACUGAGGGAAUAAAUGACUGGACGUUCGUGUACCGGGAGAAGAAAGAGCGACUUGGUGGUGGGCAUGAAACAGAUGUGGAGAAUAUGGUCACGUGCAACCAGCAUGUGCUGGAGGGCUAUGCUGAACACUGCUGCUCCCAGUGCAGAGGCUCGGGCUGUGCUCCCUGCUCGCUGUGCCACGGCAGCAAGUUCUCCAUGCUGGCAAACCGAUUCCGGGAGUCCUACCGGGCGCUGCGCUGUCCGGCGUGCGACGAGAGCGGGCUGCAGCCGUGCUGGGUGUGCGCCGCCUGA